AUGCUCCGCUGGCAGAUCGGGCAUAGUGCCGCAUGUGGGUACUUUGUGUACUCUUAUCUCCUUCUCUCGCAUCGUGUCCGCAUGCAUACUACGAGACACGGCAGGUCCGCGACAUCUACUACACCAUCCGUACUCCUGCUUCCAUGUAUUUUUCAUAACAAUUUGGUCGCGUGUCGCCAUGUGAAUGUUGUAACAGCAUCCCAGGUUGGUGUUUCAACUCUUCCAUUGCUAUUUUGA